AUGCUAUUUUGUGUUACUUCUAUUUCAGACAAAGCAGCGGAAAAAGUGCUUAAGUGCCUGGUGGGAAAAGGAUCCGAGCAGAAGAUAUACAAAAAAGGGAUGCUCCUGGACAUAAUGGAUAACGAAGGAUGGAAGAAAGAUCUGGCUAUCCAUCUGGAAGAUCCGCUCAGCUGGGACGAGUUCCACAUCCGGCCCUUUACCGUGCUCAUAAUUGUGCAUCCUGUGCUUGAAGAGAACGAGACAAUAGACGCAAAAAGAUUCAACAGCUAUUCAAAAAAGAUAAUGGCCAUAAGACACUUAUUUUUGAACAAAACAAAUCUGCUGGAAAUCCAAGAGCACGAAACAGAAAAAAUAUUCAAAAUAAAGUCUCGGCCGACCUGGCAGGAAUACUUCAUGAGCAUAGCACAAAUCGCAUCAACAAGAUCCAACUGCAUGAAAAGAAAGGUGGGGGCAGUUAUUGUAAAGAACAGCAGAGUGCUGUGCAUAGGAUACAACGGAACAUCGGUGGGCAGUGUAAACUGUGCGGAUGGAGGGUGUGUUAGGUGCAAUAACAACACACACAGAGGAAAAGAGCUAUCAGACUGUUUUUGCAUACACGCAGAAGAGAGCGCUUUUUUGGAGAGAAAUGCAAGCGAAAUAAACGGGUCAGAGCUCUACACAACGGUUUAUCCGUGCAGACUGUGCUCCAGGAAGAUAGUCCAGCUGAAGAUAUCUAAAGUGUACUAUUUGCACGAGUAUACAGAAGACGAAGAAGUGAAAAAACUAUUCAUCAUGAACAAUGUUGAGGUGUGCAAAUUGGAUGAAUAA